AUGCUCCCAUUCUCUACACUCCUACUUAGGAGUUACUAUGAGGCUAUUGGGUGGAAUGAGGAUAACCUCUACUCGAACAUUACGCGCAGUAGUGCUGCGUUGCUCGACUUUGCCGUCCCAAACUCGCUCAUCCUCCAACUAGCCAACGCCCCCACGCCAAUCUUCUUCACGAGCUAUGCCCUCGACGCCCUCCCCCAGCUCAACGGCUCGCUAUCGUACAUAACGACCAGCGAGCCAUUAACCAUCGGGCCCUCGCGCACAAUGCCCUUCCGCGACGUAGUCGAGCGGUUCAGACACUACCCCCCUCCAACAAAGCCAGUCGGUAAACCCGAACUCUGGCUUGGCGGGCGCAGGAUCGAAGGCCGUGACUUUCUCUUCUACUCGCGCAUGCACCUCCCCACCAUGCAUCUCUCCGGGCUCGCCGUGACCCGCCUGGCCCCGACGGUACAGGCCCACAUUGCGUUCGUGCACCAGCCGCAGCGGGUUCGGUUUACUCCGCCGACCAAAACGGCGGCCUCGGUCGCACCCACAUCGCCGCCCCAGCCGCCGCCAAAUUUGUUGGUCGCGCUACAGCACGACACAGGCAUGUACUCUGGCGAGUAUACGUACUCAGCUGCUGAUGGGAUGUGUGGUGUGCGUGGACUGUAUAAUUUCGGUUGGGGUAAGGAGACAGUCGGAGAGGGAAUGAGAGGCCGUUUCUCGGCUGGAGGAGAGGUAUAUCUCUCGGUCAAGCAGCGGAGUGCAGGCAUCUCUACGGGGGUGCGAUAUACCUCGCUCCCAUCUCAAUCUCAAGGCGGGCCGCCCUCACCGCCCACAACGAUUACGCUGCUCUACAACCCGCUCAUUGGGGCCUUAUCUGCCUCUUACGCGGCCCAGGUAUCUCCUCACGUUAGCAUGGCGACACGAUUCGGUGUCAACGUCUAUUCGUACGAGAGUGAUUUUGCGAUUGGUGGCGAGUGGUGGGUCGGCCGCAGGGGACGACAGCGACAGGUCGAGCUAUCUCCCGAGGCAAGGCUGCAGAUUGCAAAGCACGCAUCGAUUGGGGGACGGUUGCGCGACGAGCCGGGUGAGCCGGGUGAGCCGGGUCCCGAGGCCGUCUCGACUGCGGCUGUGGUCGUGGAUGGGGACGAGGCGCAGCUCGAGGCGCAGGCGCGUCGCGACGCGCGCGUCCUCGACGAUCCGGACGAGAGGGACGGCGUGCUCAAGGCCCGGCUUAGUGGGAAUUGGAGCCUCGCCCUGCUGUACGAGGCGAGGAUACGGAAGAGCCUCGUGUCGGUCGGGCUCGUGUCGGAUGUGUUUGGGGGUACGGGGCGGGCUAUUCGCGGUGUCGGGCUCGAGGUGCAGUACUGCUCGUAG